AUGGACGCAAUUAUCUCCUAUCUGCCUCAGCAUGAGGGACUGCUCCCCAAAUGGCUCCUCUUUGUUUCGGUCGUUUCCUCUCUAAACACAUUCCAGGCAUUCGCCAGCCCUGCUUAUACCGGUCAGCUCUACUCUGAAACCCCGAUGACGCCUCUCUCCUCUCGCAAAUUCGGGACCUGGACUUUCCUCUCCUCUGUCAUUCGCAUGUACGCUGCCUACUACGUGUCCAACCCACAAAUAUACGAUCUCGCUAUAUGGACAUACGGAAUUGCACUGGCGCACUUUGCCAGCGAGUGGUUGAUAUUCAGCUCCGCGAAGGCCCAGGGGAGAUUUAUCAGUCCUCUGGUCGUGGCUAGCUGCAGUUUGACGUGGAUGGUCACUCAGAGAAGCUGGUAUCUGGGCCUGUAG